CGCCAACUGGUUGUCACUCUUUGCCUUUUUCCCCAUCGCCGCUGUUUACCCCUGGCGGCCCGCAAAAAAGCCACCGACAUUUGCUCGGCUGCUGCAGGUACCCGAUCUGAACUGGACCUCUGGACGCUGAAAGAAAAGAAAAAGGCCGCCGACAGUGAGAUUGGACGGCCCCGUGUCGAAACAAAGAAGUCAUAGUGCCAGAGGGAGAAACAAGACACGGCCAUGGGCUGCAUGAAUUCGUCAAGAUUUCAUCGUUAAUUAUAGCACCAUCACCUUGCCGUUUACUGCAAUGGAUGCGCACCAUAUUAUCAAUCCUUCCGAGUCGCUAGCGACUGUGUCGCACCAUCGUCCCCUGCCAACGCUCAUAAGGCAACACGAAAACCGCAGCUGCUGUGUUUCCUUAUAUUGGCGCGUGUCACCACGGCUCGGCUCUUCUUUCCGCGCGCUGCUCCUGUUCCUCGUUGCAUUUCUAUCCUGCAACUCCCUUGCUGCUCCCGUCUUCGUAGCUGGAGCCCAUGGUGAUCGACCAGUGCUACUCGUGGAAGACGACCUUGCAUGGACUGGAUCGGCGCUGCGCCUCGAUCUCAGUCCUCCGCCGACGGUUCCGCAAUUGAUGCCUCCAUUACAGCGCGACGACGACGACGACGACGACGACACCACCCACAUCCACAACGCGCCGCCAUUGAAACGAGCCCUCGACACGGAUCCUAGUAAUGCCGGCAGUGGCGACUUUUCAAUUCCCACGGCCUUUGACUCGGGGCUGUCGAACAACUUUACCAACUCAUGCGCCAAAUUCCUGAACUCGAUGCGUCAACAGAAUGAUUUUAAGAACUGUCAUCCUUUUUCCUUGCUCAUGCAGACAUCAAGUGGUUUCUUCGAUGCUUCCAAGUCCACACUCCGCAUCACCCAGACUCUCGACGCGACAUGCGGCGUCAACGCAACACAAUGCCAAACAGUCAUGAACAAAUACGCCUUGCAAAUGCUGUCCCCAUCAGCAUGCCCGACAGACUACGCAGGCGAUAAUCCCACAGUCCUGGGGACCUACAAUGGCUUAAUCGCAUACAUGCCGGCAUAUCAGGCAAGUUGCCUGCACGACGAUCAAGGCAACUAUUGCUUUGCAAAUGCCGUCAGCAACAUUACGUCUCCUGGAGACGCAUACCCGUUUUACCUACCCAUUGGCCAGCAGCUUCCAGGUGGAUCUCGGCCGACUUGCAACUCGUGCUUGCGCCAAGAAAUGGGUGUGUUUGCGUCUUACAGUACCAACACUACACAGCCCAUUUCCAAAACAUACACUUCAGCCGCACAGCAAAUCGCAAUAGCGUGUGGUUCCAACUUCAUCGACGUCAAGGCCGCUCCCGCCAAAAGCGCCGCAUCGGCAACCAGCGCGCCCCUGACACCUACCAUUACCCUUAUUCUAAUGUUUUUACUUUUCCUCUUCCAAUGAUGGACCGAUACCCCAAAAUACACGAUUCCUGUAUAUAUUC